GCUGAGCCGAGCGGGACAUGGCCGAGCCGCGGUCGGUGUCUCCCGCGGCGCUGCCCGAGGGUUCGCCUAGCGCGGGACUCCGCAGGAGCCGCUGCGAGAGUGAGGGGUGGCGGCAGCCAGAGCCGGCGGCUGGCGACGCGCGGGAGCUGCUGGAGGAGGUGGAGAUGCAGAUCGGCGAUGCCGCGUUCUCGCUAGCGAAGAUCCUGGAGGCGACGUCGGCGGUGUCGGCCCAGGUGGAGGAGCUGGCCACCAAGUGCUCGGAGAACGCCCGGUUUCUCAGAACAUGGCGGGACCUGCUGAGGGAGGGGUACGAGUCCCUGAAGCCCAGCGGCUGAGCCUGCACCCUCCGCCGGGACGAUUUGUGUUUUUUUCACCUAAGCAGCUCCCGUGAGUUCUUUCAGAAACACUCGGUGACUCGUAUGGAUGUUCUGUGUAAGUCACCGAGAAAAAUAACUUUGUUCAGGGAAUUGGUUGUGACUUUUUAGACUCUCAGUCUCAGAUGUGUCCUGCGAGGAGGCAUUGUCAGCCCUCCUGUUUAAGAGCUGCCAUCACUGGAAACCCUGCCGACUCCGGAGAAACUUGAUGAACUCACUUCAGAUUAUCUCUGCACACUUUUUAUUCACUUUGAGGUUGGGAUAAUGUGGCCAGUCGUGGCUUAUUUGCAAUCUUUCAGAUAAGGCCCGAGUCCCAAACCUUACAAUUUUUAGCAGUAUUGCAUUAUAAACCUGCCGUUUCUUGCCAAGACUUUUGGUUACUGCAAACAUUUUUACACUAUCUUUUUUUGUAAUAAAGUGCCUUGUGAUGGACCAUGUAUCUCUGCACAGUGGAAGUUUAACAGCGUUGCUUACUGAUAGGAUGCAUUAUUCUGAACUGUAAGCAAAGCUUCCAUAAGUUAGAAAAGAAUGUGAAAUAUGUUCUCGUGUCUCUUGGGAGGGAUGUUAGUGCUUUUUCAGUAUUUGGUUCUAUUUAUAUCUUUGCCUUAAGUAGCUACUAGUUAGUUCGUCUAGUUUACUGGUAACAGAACCUUUUGGUCUGAAAGGCUACUAGAUCUGUAAUAAGUAGAUGUACUGAAACUUCUGUACCUUUAGAAGAGUAAUGUGGAAAAAUGCAAUGGGAUGCUGCAGGAGACAUGAUUUGUUAGUCAGCCUUAUUUUUAACAGUAGAAGGGCUUUUUAAAAGACAAGCUGUUUCUUAUCAAAACAAUAAAGAUGUUACCA